GAGGAGGAGGGUGGGGAAGCAUGCACACACCGCCUCCCCUUCCAUCGCGCACAGUUCAUCCUGCAAAGCAAAGGAAACUGUGCAAGAGGGACAGGAAGCGCGCACCUAAGAUUGAGAAAUUGUUUUGCAAGGCAGCUUGGAGGCGAAGGGGGAGGUGGGGCAGCCAUCUCAAAAUGGAUUUUGCAAGGAGCUGAGCUCUUUGCAUCGCGCUCCUAGGCUGCCGCUUCUUCUCCUUCCCUCCUGCCCUCCCUCCUUCAGCCGCGCUCUCGAUUCCCCCUUUGGGCAGCAGCACGUGCUGAAAGGGCCCUCCGAAGAGGUGAGUGCCGGGCGGGGUGGCUGAUUUGGGAAAUCUGGGUGGUGCUGGGAAGCCGGACUCCUGGGUUCCAUGGGAAAGGAUGAAGCGGGUUUUAGUGGCUCACCAGUAUGGGGCCUAAGGCUAGGAGCCAGGGCUCCAGGGUUCCCUAGAUCGGUGUCAAACAUAGACGGGGCAAUUUUAUUUUAUUUUUUGCUCAGGCAUAAGAUCUAGAUGGGGAACGGAUAACUUACCCUGGAGUAUAGAGGGGAUAAAUAGGAGCCAGCACGUCUUGGUGCUCUAUUUUCAGGUAUUAUACAGCGUAGUUAUAGCCUUAAAAUCACCCACCCGGGGUGUGCAGCGCCAGUCUCCCUGAACCCUGCUUUUUGAUAGAUCUCUUCCUUGCAAGGGCUACAUAAUUGCAUUCAGUGUCCCCCCCGCCCCCAUUUUAAUCUGGUAUGUGCGUACAACACCUACCUGAGGAAUGACGCUACCACUUCUUUUCCCCUCUAGUUUCCCAGAGGAUUGUUAAAAAUAUUCUUCUUUACAUUCCUCAUCAGAUGAAAAACCCCACAGAAAAUAUUUCCUGCUACCAAGGAUUCCCGCCCCCUUUCAUUUUGCAGUUGGUGGAGCUCUGGAAGUUGACAAGUUGUUGUGUUUUGCUCCUAAGCAGGCGAAUGAUUAGCUCUUACCUGUAACCCCAGAUUUACUGGGGUUGUUUAGUGCUGUUAACUGGGGGAAUGCAUUCUGCAUAUACCCAGAGGCUCUAAAUUUAGGGCUGAAUAUUCUUCUUGCGCUACUACAGGAAUUCUGCUGAAGCUUUUCCACUUUGGGUAUUCUAACCCAGCCAACCUGGGGCCCUUCAGAUGUUUGGGACUGCAGCUCCCAUCUGAUGGAUGGAGAGUGGGCAAGGAAGUAUUUGGCAGAGGUUAAAGGAGCAUUGCCAUGAUGUUUUCUAGAAAGUCUUCCAAGCACAAUUAUAGCUGUACACAAGGGAGAAAUUAAGUAGGUGGCAUUUCUUUUCCCAAUGGAAAAAAAAUUGGCUCAAGUUGUGCUUUGCUAAGAAAUGAACAGAUGCAAUUACAACAUCCCUGGCAUGUGGGCCUCUGCUGAAGCACCUCCAGCCUGCUCCACUGCCCAGCUGAUACUGUCAGGAAGUUCCUCUUAAUGUUUAUCUGCUUCCCUGCAGAUUUCGAUAGUCUUGCCCCCUGGAGCAACAGGUAACAAUUCUGCCCUGUCUUCUGCAUGGCAGCCCUUCCAUGUAUGUGAAGGCUGCUUACUUAACCAUAUAUUCUCUAGGUUAAACCUCUCCGGCUCUGUUGUCCCAUCUUAUUAAAACAAAAAAUAAAACCUGUAGCUCCACUCCAAAUUCCUCGGACGUUUAAGAAACUAGUAAUUUCAUAUCAGAUUUUUGCUUUAGGCAAGUUCCUUAGGCCACUCUAACUCAGAGUUGUUUUCCUUUUCCUUUUAGCCCAUGUUAACUGUUUUUAUUCCUGCCUCCCAUAAUGUGCACUUCCCUCUGCACCAUCAAGUCUCUCUGAACGCAGCACUUUCUCACCUGUAGCGGGGCAUGUCAAGAAGUCUGUUCACUCCCUCUCAAAGGAUCAUGGGAAGUGUAGUUUAACACAGAGCUACAAUUCCCAGCAACCUUAACAAACUACAGGUCCUGGGACUUUUCAAUGUACGGAGCCUUAGAUUCCCUCACCCUCUUCAGUCAGUGUCUCUUCAGCUUAAUUUCUUAUCUACUUCCUAUUUUCCUGUCCUUUGCAUAACACUCCUGUCUAUAUACCUCCAUCUAUUCCUCACACAGAAAACCACCCAAAUUUCCAGGAUUCUCUGCACUUCCUCUCUGAACUCGCUCUACUUUCUUCACCUAGCAGGUCUUUCUGCACCCUCUACCCCCACUUUAGUCCAUGUCUUUGCUCUCAGCAACAAUACCCUUGCCCACUUCAACAGCACACAAGGCUUUCCCUCCUUCAGCAACUCAUGUCAAUGAAGGAGCCUUUGAUGGAGGUGAGCCACGAAGCUGCAAAUUCGCAGGGGAAUUGGAGUCAGCCCCAGCAUUUACCUCUGAAUCCAGCAAAGGGAAGGAGAUGUGUAGACAUUGCGAUGCAGGGAUUCUCUCAUCCCUACGUCGGAUGGGCUUGAGUGGACAUUAGCUGUUCCUCCAAAGGUUUGGGUAAGGGUUGCAAGUAAUGAGUAUUUUGAAUUCUCCCCCUACCCAAGGGAUGCCAGGCAAAGUGGGAUGGGCUGCGGUUGGCCUGCAAAACUAUGCAUGGUACAGGCCUGGUGCAAACUCUAGUCUAGUGAUUCACUGGAGGGGGAAAGUGUGUGUGUGUGUGUGUGUGUGUGUGUGUGUGUGUUUGCUCUCUGUGUGCGUCUCGCUGGACUCCUUAGAUAGACACUUGCUUUUAAUCUAGCUGAAGGAUUCCUAUUUAAAUAUAGAAAGCAUGGGGUGGAGGAGUGAGGCGAGGGAUUAUAGGGAGACAAGGACAUCAGCACAGAGGAACGGGGAGAAAGUGGCGGGGGUGGAGUGUGUGGAAACUGGUCUGGGUGUGUUCAGCUACAGUCAUCCCCAGCGGGGACAGGAGGAAAGGGGGGUUGCCUUGCAAUCUGUCUUUGUAAAUGAAGCUCGGAAUGUGGAAGGCUGGGAGCAAGGUAGAAAGAGAGCACCUGUACUUUUCAGAGUUGCACAAAAUUGGUUUUUUUCCUCUUCCCUCCCUGUCCCUUCCCCCUGGUGUGUCGUAUUAUUAUUGUAAGCCUGCAGACAGGAAUUGUCUUGUUUUAAUUGAUUGUACACUCUGGGAGCCUUUUGGGCUGAAGAGUGGGAUACAAAUACAAUCAAAUCAAUCAAUAAAAAGGGGGGGGGAGGGUUUCCUCAGCCAGCAUGCCUUCUUGCUUUGUUCUGUGCAACUCUGAAAGGUGUGGUAGCCUGCAGCUGACAGUUCUUUCUGCAUGUGACUCAGUCGGUAGAGCAUGAGACUCCUAAUCUCGGUGUUGUGGGUUUGCGCCCCACGUUGGGCAACAAGAUUCCUGCAUUGCAGGGGUUGAACUAGAUGACCCUCGUGGUCCCUUCCCACUCUACAAGCCUAUGAUUCUAUUACUUGCUCCACUCUCCUUCUUAGAAGAAAGCGAAGAGACCUGGCUCAUACCCUUGACCUCUGUUUGGUCCCCACAAGCUGUCCUGCACAAUCCAUAGGGAAGAUGCUUAAGAAAAAGCAGAUUUGUGACCUUUUAACACACGUAACAUCCUAAGGCCCCAUCUGCAUGAUAUGUAUGAUAUAGCUUUAAAUGAAUAUUGUAGAAAUAGCCUUAGAAUGGUAUAAAGCUGGACUACUCCACCUGGGAUGCUUUGAGUGGGGAUUCCAAUCCCAAAAUAGAGUUGCCAACUUUCUCCUCCGGCAGUGCUCCUCUGUGCCUUUAACACAGGGGUGGGGAGCCUGUGGUCCUCCAGAUGUUGAUGGACUACAGCUCUAGGAACUCCUGGCCACUAGCUACAUUGGCUAGGAAUUGUAUUUCAACAACAUCUGGAGGGCCACAUGUUUCCCUUCUAGCAGGCAGAAGUUGAACAGGUGGUGCCUUUCCUGCCACAGAGAUGAAGUGAUAGAAUAAGCAUCAGCUGUUAUAUUUCUGCUGGCUGGACAUCAGGCAAGGGUGGCUAACCUGCAGUUCUUUAGGUGUUGCUGGACUACAACUCCCUGACUAUUGUUUAUGGUGGUUGGGGCUGAUGGGAAUUGCAGUCUCAACACCUGGAAGGCCACAAUUUACUCCUGUGUUAAAAGCAUAGGAAUGCUGUUUGGGGGAGGGCCAUGAUUAGGGGUGAUGAGUUGCAUUCCAGUAAUUCCACAAGCUCCCCAUCCCUACCAUAAGAUUUGCAGAAGUACAAAAAAAAAACCCUUCAAAUAAGAGACCCUAAGAUCCUUUCUGGAAACAGGGGAUAAAAGAAAUUGGGGGCGUUAUUGGGGAAACUGUGACCCUAGACACUAAAUAUUUUUUAUUAUAAUUGUUUGAAAGGGGUAAUGCUUCUCUUGCUGAGAAAGUUUACUUGCUGGUUGCAACCAAACGGAUCAUCUCACAAGGCUAGAGGGAAACGUCAUAUGUUGCUUCAAAUGGAUGGUAUUCAGAAAUGCUUUUUAUUGGUGUCUCACAAAAACUUAACUCAUUACUUAAGACUUCUUUGAAGCCAAGCUGCACCAGAGGACUUUGCAGCAGUCUGGUGGAAGUUUAUAAUCCGUAUAAACAAACCGCCACAUCCAACUAUUAAUCCUUCUACGUUUGAGGAAUUUGCAAACUUUCAUCAUUAGUUUCCAUAAGUUUGUCUCUCCAACAACCUGAAACUUGGGUGGGAAUGGAAUGGAGCAGUGUUCUUCAACCUUGUGUCCUCAUUUGUUGUUGGACUACAACUCCCAUCAUCCCUGCCCCUUGGCUAAGCUGACUGGGGAUGAUGGGAGUUGAAUGCCAACAAUAUCUGGAAGGCGACAGAGCACUGAGGAGAAGCCUUCCACACAGGCAAGAUCCAUGCCAGGUCUCAUCCUGUCAUGACUGGUAGCCAUUGACUAAUACACUGGGAGCCAGCAUGGUGUAAUGGUUAGAGUGCUGGAUUAGGAACUGGCAAACCAGGGUUUGAAUCCCCAUGCAGCCAUGAAGCUCCCUGGGUGAGCUUGUGCUAGUCCCUGUUUCUCGGAGUUGUCGUGAGGAUAAAACAAGGAGAGGAGAACCGUGUAAACUUCUUUGAGCUCCUUGGAACAAAAGGUGGUCUAUACAUGUAAUGAAUAAUACACCUGCCCUCUCUGAAUUCACUUUCUUCCCUAAAUUGCAUAAAUUAAUCAGGCAUUGUGUGUGAAGAGGUCCUGUCUUUCCUUUGUCCUGAAUAUAUUGCUCAUCCGUUUCAUUGGGUGACUAUCCCCUCCCUCCCAGUCCCACCCCCACCCAAGUACUAUCAUGCUGCAAGAUUAUUGCUUUACGCCACCAUCCCUUAGGUUUUCCCUCCUUUGAUACAAGAAUCCAGGUGCCUUGACAACCUUGCUUUUACCUUUCUGGUAUCAUAUUAAUAUGCAGCCCCAAGCAUCUGGGUCAUUUCCUUCAAAGAUAUUCACCCUACCUCAAACCAGCUGCUGGACCAGUAGCACAGCCUUCUCCCUGGUUAUUUCCAGUAUUCCCAGCAUUAAUCUCUACAAACCAUUGUGCACAGCCUGUUCUGACUCUCUGCAUCUCUUGCCAGCCACAAUGUCACCCGAUGAAGUCAUCUACUUGGCAGUCCUUCUCGUUUCCAUCCCCAUCGGCUUCCUCUUCAAGAAAGGGGGUGAGUGCUCAAUCUGGGUGGCCAAAGUGAGUUGGAGGAGAUGACGUCGUGUCUAAGAGGGGGGGGAUGACUGUUGCAGAGUCAGAUUUAAGCAACCCAGCAUUGCCCGAGGACUCCUAAGGCCCUGAGAUGAAGUUCUUUCUUUUGAUAUGUUGCAUUUAUAUAGCUGUCCAUCUAUGCAGCGGUGGUCUAUGUGUGUGUUUUUAAUGAAGUCAUACAGAAAUCUUGCUAAUUCCCCUGGUAGCAGGCAAACAAAACAGGCAAAAGCAAUUCUUCAAAAUACAAAAUAUCAUGAUUAGAAGUCAACAGUAAAAGGCCAUAAAGCAUACCAGAGCAAAUGAAGCAGCUCAGAUUUAAAACACAAUUUAAAAGCUUGGCUGAGUAAGAAAAUAUGUUCACCUGGUGCUGAGCAGACCACAGAGAAGACUCCAGGAGAGCCUUUUUGGGGAGCACAUAUUGCAUGGUCAGAGUGGCACUACCAAAAAUACCCUCUCCUUGGUAGGGACAUCUGUCGCUAGACUUCUGAAAGGGAUCUUAAGGUCCCAAGCUGUUUUGGGCUCUAUAGAUUAAAAUCAGCACUUUAAACUGGGUCUGUAAAUGGACUGGGAGGCAGUUAGCUGACAAAGUCCUGGCAUAAUAAGAUAAAAAUGCCCAGCUGCGGAGAAUGUAGUAUUCUGCUCAGUGUGGAUUUUACUAUUCCAGGGCUGUAAUGACAGGAGAAUCUGCAGCCUUAGUAGAAUUUUGUGCACCUUUAAAAGGUACAAGAGUCUGCACUGGUUGCUAGUAUGUUUCUGCUCUGAAUUCAAGCCUUUAUCAGUAACACAUAAAGGUGCUGAAUGUUAUUCAUUGAGGGUGUAGUAUUCUCCAGCCCAGGGUCCUUGGAUUAAGGGCGGGCUAUAAAUUUAUUAAAAAGAUAAAAUAAUUAAUAAGAAUGGAAUAUUCCAUUUGGGGUUUUUUUCUGGAGCUGAAGGAUUGCCGGGGGGGGGGGGGAGUGCAAACAAGAAAUGGGGACUCCAAAAAGCUGCCUUAUUCGAGAUAAAACCAUUUCUCCCUUUAGUUUAAUGUUCUCCUUAGGAGCAGCUCUCAGUGGUCUUGGGCAGAAGUCUUUUCCAUCACUUAUUAUCUGAUCUUGAACAGGAAGUACUGUAAUGGGAAUUGACUGAAUGGUUGUGCUGGGGGGGCGUGUCCUGUGCAUGUAAAUAUUUUGCUUUAACACCAAGGUCUAAUCUCUCUUUCCCUGCAUUCUCUUUUGUUGAACUGACUUGCAAUCCCUAACUCCUGAACUCACUGGGUUGGAUCUGUUCACAAUAGGGGAAUUUUUUCCAUCUGCUUAUUCCCCACAGACCUGAGGAUCAAGCAGUUUGGAGGGGCAGCUGCGGGGCUCGUGCUCACGCUGGCCACCUGCCACAUCCACACCCUCCACUCACUUAUCACCAUCUUGGGGACGUGGCUGAUAAUCAACAUCUCACCAAGGUAAAGGAGGAAGCUGGGAGGUGGUGGAAUGGGAAACACUGGGGAGGGGGCUCUUGUAGUUCUGUGUGGUGGGCCAGGAGGCCUAGUAAGAUGAAUCAAGACACCUUGCAAACGUGGUUUGGUUAUUUGCAGGUGGCUACAGUUUAGCAGGCAAGGUUGAGAUUGCGGGAAUCGGAUCUCCCGGAAUUUCUACCUCUGAGGUUUGAAAAGUUGAAAUAAUGGGGGGCUUAAGAGCAGGGCAGAUAAGCCAGUGGUCCUCCAGCGGUUGGGCUACCACUGGCUAUGCUGGCUAGGACUGAUAGAAGUGCCAGUUGAUUAGCACAUAGAAGGCCACAGCCAUUUCCCAGGUUUAGAGAAAAGAAGGUUUUGUCCCUUUUGACACAGAGACAUAGAGCCAGGACCCUCAAAAUGGGACAGACAUCUACCAGAUUAUUACUUUACUGUCAUUAUUGUUGCUAUAUUUAUUACCUGCCCUUCAGCCUAAAGUCACAGGGCAGGUUACAAGAAUUUUAACUUCAACAUUAAAAACACACAGUUUGAAAAAAAAUACAGUCUGGGGAAAGAAAUAGGGCAGGUCUUGAAAAUGUAUAUCUUCAGUAAAUUUACAACAUUAGCAUAUUGGUCAGUGAGAAUGGAACAGCCAGAGUAGAGUGUGUGUGGGGUGUGGAUAUUAUUAUUAUUAUUAUUAUUAUUAUUAUUAUUAUUAUUACCCUAAUGUUGCAGGGUGGAUUACAACAACAAAAGCACAGUGUUAAAAAUAUACACCUCAAAUGUCAAAAGCCAAGGUAAAGAGGUGUAUCUUUAGCAUUUGCUGAAAGCUGCAUAAAGAAGAUGCCAGACACACCUCUGUGGAGAACAAUUCAUUAAAGAAUAAUGAAUAGUUCAUUAAUAUUUACAGCCUUUUAUCUGCUUCUCCCCUCACACACACCAGGGCCUGUCACUACCUGACACUUGGCUGGACCUUUUCCUACCUGCUCUUUUUCCGCACAAUCGCCUACUUUGGCUUCCCAGAGCCAACACCUUUCACCAAUGCAGUGCAGCUCUUACUCACUCUCAAGGUAAGAGGGGCUGCGCUUUGGACGGGGGUAUGGGGAAGGGGCUCCCUAGGAAGCUCAUUUCCCAUGAUGCCUUAAUCUGUGUCUCCCAGAUGGUGAGCUUAGCCAACGAAGUACAAGAACUCACUUGGGCGAAGAAACAGGAUGUGACAUCAUUUGCCAAGAGUCCACUGAUUGGCGUGAUCCCUAAAAUGCCCGGACUGGUGGAGAUACUGUGCUACAGUUAUUGCUAUGUUGGGCUCAUGACAGGUACCUGAGUUACCUAACAGAAAGCAGUGGUCAAACUGGGUAGGGUGAAAUAUGUGUACAGCACCAAAUUAUAGAGAUGGGUUUGUCAUGGUUACCACAGCUUUAAUCUGUAUCCCUUCACCAAAAUAUGAAAAUUGAUGACAGGAGACAGAAGGCCUGGGGGUUCCCAUUUUCUGUUUCAGUUUUCUUUUGAAGAGAAAGCAAGAUAAGAGAUAAGAACAGGAAGUCCAAAGAACCAAGCAUAUUUCACCUUUGCCUGUUGUUCUAAUCGUCACAGCUGCUGACUUUUGGUUUUUUGUUUGGUGGCAUGAUUGUGUGUGCGUGUGUGUAUCCGUAGUAGCACCAGCAUGCCUCUGACCCUUGGUGUUUAUGGAAAUAAUAUGCCUUUCUUCCUCUUUCCAUUCAUUAUCUUUGUGUGUCUUUCCAGUUCAUGUGUGGUAACGUUGAUUGUUCUUUCCUUUUCUGCUUUGUGAGAACAGCACGAAAAUAUCCCAACGCUACUUCUGCAACAGAUAAUGAGGGCUUGGAAGGAAUGGUGAGAUCCUGCAGGUUCUGCUUAUGGCACCAGAUCCCGUGAGAAGACAUAGGGCUAGGCUGCAGGGCGCAUCAGACUCUUACCCAGCACCCAAGCUACACAUCCUCUUAAGACUGAAGUUAUUAAGAUGUGUGGUUGCAUGAGAGGCUUUUGUGUGUCUUGGUUUUUCUGAGGAACAAUUCAUUUCUGUCUGCUCGUUGAUCUCAAUUUCUUUUUUCUUUUCUUUUCUUUUGCACCUAGGCCCGUUUUUUCGCUACCGCACUUACCACGAUUGGCUGAACCAGCCUAACUCCACAAUCAUCCCUAGCUGGAAACCGCUGCUUUUGAGAAUGAAAAUGAUCCCCAUCUUUGGGGUCUUUUUCCUGGUGGCAUCUCACUUCUUCCCCCUCCAAUAUGUCCGGAGCGACGCCUUCUAUGAACGGGGACUUCUGUUCCGAAUCUUCUACAUGAUACCCAUCUUCUUUGUCUUCCGCAUGCGUUUCUAUGUCGCCUGGCUCUGCGCUGAAUGCGCCUGCAUUUCUGCUGCCUUCGGUGCCUAUCCAACCACCGCCAAAUCACGGUCAGGCGGUGGGCCCACUGUGGAAUAUGUGCCGAUCAGCAGGUUAGUCAAGGAGAUGUUCCCUGUCUGCAGUAGAAGAUGGGCUAGAUUUAGAGAAUGGCAUGGAACUGUCCUGCCCCCAGAAGGAAAGGUGCCAUAUUCUGACACUAGCUAAAUCUUCUAUACAGUCUUCAAGGGUAGGCCAAUGUAGAGAGCACUGCAGUAGUCAAUUCAUGAGGGCAUUAAGAUGUUCUUGUUUUGUUUACAUUUCUAAAGCAACUCAGAUGAAGGAGGAGCAUCCAGCAUCACCUAUGAUUAUGAGACAAUCAAGAACAUUGAUCCACAUGGCACUGACUUCUGUGUCAAGGUGAAGGAUGGCAUGCGCUACUGGAACAUGACUGUCCAAUGGUGGUUGGCACAGUACAUUUACAAAAGCGCACCCGUCCGGUCCUAUGUCUUAAGGUGAGCAAAGCCGUACCAUUGGGGGGUAUGGGGGAGAUAGCCUGUUGGGGUGGAUUGGUGUGAAGGUGGACUCUGAGGUUCAGAGAUGAAUUGCAGGGAAGGUUCUUCUGGGAACAGCCAGUAAGGAGGAUUCUGGGAUACAUGGUUGGUUGGUUGGUUGGUUGGUUGAUUUGAAGACAGGUAGAGUAGAGAAAUGCAGGCAUGAGGGGGAGUAGCAUAAAUAUGCAAGUGAGAGUUAGGUGAGCAAUAGUGAGUAAAGAACUAAACGUUGAGCCAAAAAUAUUAUUGCGACCUUGGAUGGUGCAGUGGAACAUUCUGGAAUACAGUGGUACCCCUGGUUGCGAACGGGAUCUGUUGUGGAGGUCUGGCUGUAUCCCGAAGGUUUCGCAACUGGAGAGACUGCUUCUGCGCAUGCACGCACGGUGAUAGAACGCUUCUGCUCAUGCGCAAGCGGCGAAACACUUCCGGGUUUGCCGCUUUCGGAACCCGAAGUUUACGUUACCCAAGGGUAACAUAACGCGAGCUUCCACUGUAGAUGGAGAAAGCAAGGCAGUUGGCAUGAAAGACUAUGAAAUGGUAGGAGUUGGUAUAUUCCUCCCCACCUGCUCCAGUUGUCACCCGAGUCCCUCCAAGAGUUGCCCUCAAGGGCUUAAGGGCCCAGUCGCAAGUCUUUCACCCAUGUUGUCAACCCAAGAAAGCAGAGCUGUGGAUGCAGCAGGGUCCAAAACAAACCAAGGUUCAGUGCAGAGACUCCAUCUGUCCAAUUAAAGUACAACACGGCAAAGCAGUGUUCACACAUUAGAAGUUUAUGAAAUUAUGCAUGGCAUGGAGAAAAUGGAUAGAGAAAAGUUUUUCUUUCAUGACAUUGAAAUCAUGGAUGCCCAACGAAGCUGAAUGUUGGAAGAUUCAGGACAGGUAAAGAAAGUCCUUGUUCACACAGUGUGUUCUUUCACUAUGGCACUUGCUCCCACAGGAGGUAGUGACAGCCAGCAACUUAGAUGGCUUUGAAAGAAGAUUAGACAAAUUCAUGGAGGUCAAGUGCCUAUUGUCCACAGUGGCUAUUCCUCCACAGUUGGAGGCAGUAAUGCUUCUAAACAGCAGUUGCUUGAAAGCACAGGAGGGGAGGGGAUAUUCUUAUAGCAAAGCAAGGAAGCUAGAAUCAGUGCCGUGAGCCAGAGACUUGUGCCGUUUCCAGCAGCUGGAAGAUUCAAGAGGGAGGCCUUAUAUACUCCGGCCUCCUAAACCACACUCCUGAACAGCAGUUGGCAUUGAAGGGCCUAAGCAUUGACUUCAGGGGGCCCUGCCAGUUCCUCAAGGUCCUCAGUCUCUGGUGUUUCUGCAUCAUCUUUCAGGUCUGUAUAACAUGACUUAAGGAUGUGAGGCUGGUGUCAAGUAGCUAUAGUGUUUUUGUUUUUGUGAUGCCUAUCCUGAGAAAUUCCUUGCAAGUGAGGUCCAUCGGGCUCCAUCACUAUAUUUUGUCAGGCGAUUGGUGAAAACCUGGCUUUUUGAAAAGGCCAUUGGGUUAAUUGUGUCAUCUUGCUGACUCAGUUCUAUGUUUCAGAAUAGAAAAUUUAAAAAAAAAGUAUCAGACAUAGUAUCGUUACUGUUCUUGGCAGAGUAUGAAUAGCUGGUUGGCUGUGGGCCAAGAGAGGAAGAGCUGACAGAAGUGUAGGAUAUCAGCAACUUGGUUGUAGAUAAGCUGAACUAGGAAGGCAACAAAAUGUAAAGGGAGGCUUGGCUUGAGAGCUGCAGUGAAGGAUUCUGGGAUUGACUUGACCAAUGUGUAACAACAGCAAUGGAGGAGUCAAGGACUGAUAAGUGGGAAAGUGUGAGGAGAAAUGGUGAAGGGUUCUGGGAUAUGUGCUGGAAUUGGCCUGAGGGGAGGAUUCUUGGACUGAGAAGGCUCUCUUUCUUCCUAGGAGCGCCUGGACCAUGCUCAUCUCUGCAUACUGGCAUGGGAUUCACCCUGGCUACUACCUCAGCUUCCUUACCAUCCCUCUCUGCCUAGCAGCUGAGGGGGCGAUGGAGAGCGGCUUCUUGAGGCACCUGACCCCCGCCGGCCGUCUCUAUGGCGACUGGGUGCAGUGGUUCCUGAAGAUGAGGGCCUACGACUACAUGUGCAUGGGCUUUGUGCUGCUCACCUUUGAGGACACCGUCCGCUACUGGAGCUCCAUCUAUUAUUGCAUCCACUUGGGGGCAUUGGCCAUCUUCCUGCUGGGGAAAGGGCUGGGGCUCCAGAGAGGGCGAGCCUCCCAGAAGGACAAAGAUGGUACUUUGGAGAAACCCCAGCGGCAGGAGUGAUGUGGCUGAGGCAAGGCCGGCAUAAGCCCGCAAUGUGGAGUGCUGCCGAAGGCCCUGGAGGCUGAGGAAGCAGAUGAGACUCAACAUAAGACUUGUUUUUUUAACGUGUGUUUCAUCGUUGAAACCAUCCGACUAUAAGGAACCAGGGGAUCCGACUAUAAGGAACCAGGAGUUGUGUCUCGAAAACUCAGCUUCUCACUUGUUCUAAUACCUGAGGACUUAGGAAUACCAACACCCAGUGCCACCUCACUUGGCACCAGUGUUUCCCUGGAGAGUGUGUGGGGAGGGAACUCCCAAAAAUCUUAUCUUCUAACACCUUUGACUAUUAGAUUUUCCUACUGGCUUUUGUUCACCUUCCAAGAAAGGUCAGAAGUCCUGGCUCCUAGCAUCUCUCCAGAACUUGCUUCCUCUUUCUUUUCUAUUUUUUUUUUAAACCCCAAACACACCCAUGUUACAGGAAGAGAAACUGGGACAUUGCAAGAAUGAGCAGGGCUCCAUUCCUAUCCUCAUUCCCAUCCGUUCCCAGCUCUCACCUUGGAAGUGGGGGUUUACUGCCACAAUUGUACCCUUUAAAGUGUAUGUGGCAGGGGGAAGAGAAUAUUGCAGAUUUGCUUCUGGGUAGUAGGUCAUCUGAGGAUACUAAGGUAAAAACACCGGCUCCCUCGGCCUGAAAGCAAGAUGAGGGCUGCAACCCCAUAGUCACCUUUGGCAGGACUUAACUGUCCAGGGGUCCUUUACCUUUACCUUUUACUAAGGUAAAUAAAAGCCCCAACUUCCUUCAGGGAACUCUGCAAAAACCUGUGAGGCUGUUGCUUUGCCCCCAGUCAGUAAUUUCCACCACCCCCACUCCCGAAAGAAAACAGGAGUGUGAUUCUUGGAGGUGUAAGGACACCUCUGGGUUGAGGAGUUUAGCUCGGUAAGGCUAAUGCUUUAAGUACUGUGGAAUGGAAGAAGCCGAAACUAAAAAGCAAGAUGAAAUUUUGCACGCCACGUCAGCCACAUUUAAAAAUGUAUCAGUGGUGAUCUUCAGUUAUAGGGAGCUGGUUCAAGUGGCAGCAAAUUUAAGCUUGUGGCUUGCAGAGUUUGCUUUAGGACACACAAAUUCUUGUCUCAUGGUUCUAAAACUUUUUUAUGUAUGUUGGGUUGGGAGCCCUGUGGGUUUUACACUGCAGAACCCAUGACUUGACUGUCUGUAUUUUUUGCCUGCCGCAUGGAUUAUGUCUUUGCGUUCUGAAGAAAGUAAGGUAUAAAACAGCUCAUCUCUAUAAACAUUGUGAUCCAGGUCUGAUGCAGCUUUAUUGGAAGCCUGAAUGUGAAAUAAAAACAUUUUUUUAUAAAAAAAAAGAA